GGUGAUAUUAUCAUGUUUCCACGUUUGAAUAUAAAAGAUGAUUGAGUUUUGUACCAGAAGACGGAUGGUACUGGCCAUUCUUGUACUUUUUAGUUUAACAGUGGUAACUUUGAUUGUUGAAGGUAGAUGGUCAAACAAUCAUAAAAUAGCUGAAGUAAAUGCAGAAAAUGAAUCAAGCUGUGGCUCAGAACCUGUGAAAGUUAUUGAGUCAUGUCAACAAUGCUCAACCCUUGAAAUAAAUGCAGGACAAGUUUACUGUUUAAAGACCGGUUACCGGGAACAGAUACAAUGUGGAAAGGGUAAACAUAAAGAAAAUGUUUUCAAGAGAAGUUGUAAAGUAGAUCCAUGGGUUGAGGAGAGGAAAUUCUGGAUCCUUGAACUGAUAACAUGUAUUGUGGGAAUAGGUACUUAUGGUAUAGUUCGCCACAGACAGGGAAUUCUUGAUCAACAGUUAAUGGAGAAGGUGAACAGACAAAUUGCUGCAUGAUGUGUUCAUGGAAACAUUGAUUUUUGUAUGGUAUCAUUUUUGUGCCGGUGUAUGCGGUGUACAUUCUUAAGGAUGGAUGUGUCAUAAAGUGUGAAGUGAAUUUGAA